CAGGAAUCAGGAUACCGGCCGGUGGCGAACACGGUGCGCAGACGUGCUUGGAGUCAUGCACAGCUAAUAGCUUAAAUAGCUGCGCUGCGCCCUCGUUGCCGCCACGGUUGCGUGGAGGAGAGGAGAAUCCUGUGAUUCUGAACAAACGUUUACGGUUUAGUCCUAGCUAGCGCAGACGGGGGUCCAGUUCCUGUAAUCCGAUCAUGCAGUCACGACUCACCGCAGCAUACCUAGCUGAAUGCACCGCUGUGUCUCUCUGUGUUUCUUAAGCCCAGGGCGCUUUCACUGGUUUCAAGGUGCCCAGACUUCUGGCAGCGAAACUUUGCUGUUGCAAAUCCUUCUUUCGUGUUGCAACUGGCGCUAGCCUUGCCAGUUGCCCCUUCCCGCACAGUCUGGUUUUCUUGGCGGGUGCGUGAGUUCCCUCGUGGCCUUUCCCUCUUCCCGUAGCUGCCCUUUGCAAUGCGUCCCGCCUGCCUGGGGACCCCCCCCCUGUGAGCUCCUGCAGGGGACCCCCUGUGCUGCCCAUGGGGAGCGGCCUGGAUGCCAGCCUGUCGCUGCAGCUGGGGCCGGCCCCACUGCCUGCUGCGCUUCCUGGGCCUCAGGAGGCUGCGGUCACCGGAGACCAGAGCGGCCCCAUCACGUGUGUGCACUGCCAGCAGGCGGUGAGCCCCGCUGAGUUGCGGCUGGCCAUCCAGUGUGGGCGGCCCGCGUGCAGCCGCUAUGCGCACGCGCUGUGCGCGGUGGAGCAGGGGUACGCGGGGGUGCUGGAGGCGCCGGCGCUGGACGGGCAGUACCUGUGCCGCCUGUGCGGGACCAAGAGCGACCUGCUGCCGUACUGGAAGGAGCGGCUGGCCGCGGCGGCCACCGGGGAGGGCCUCGCGCUGGGGCAGCACCUGGGCCUGGCCGCGCGCCUGCUGCACAAGACGCGGCGCGCAGAGGUGGAGCCGGUGCAGGCGCAGGUCGAGUACGCCGUCGCACAGCUGGUGGCCGGUCAGGACGCUGACAUCAUCGCCAAGCUGCUGCGCCAGCUGGCAGCGGAAGCUGACAGAGUCGCCCCAGGCCUCCCCACCGACGCCGCUGGGUCUGCGGCUGUCUCGGCAGCCUCCCCCCCUUGGCCGCGCACUGAUUUUGGCUCCGCAACCGUGCCCCCUUCUGGGAGUGGAGGCAAGGUGGAACGCAAUUUUCUGGUGUGUCUGCGCACCGCCAGCGCUGGGCUGGAUCGCGCACGGCCUGCCGAGGCUCCGCUGCUGGGGGGCCAGGCGGCCCUCACGCUGGGGCGGCCUGAGGCAGCACCCACCUGGGGCCACGCGCGAACCGCCAGCGACGGCCCCGCCGCCGGGGAGCAUCCGCAGGGCAGCGACGCGCAGCUGGUGGCGGCGGAGCGGCUUGCGCACCUGACGCGCACGCUGCAGGCGGCAGUGGAGGAUGCGCAGGCAGAGGCGCUGCGGCUGAAGGCGCAGGCAGAGGCCGACCUGCGGCGCGCGCAUGCUGCCCGCGAGGACGCCUCCGCGGCGGAGGGGGCGGCCCGUCGCGCCCUCGACGAGGCGGCCGCCCAGGAGGGCGUGGCCCGCGCCAGCAUCGCCGCAGCGCAGCGGGCCGCCGACAAGGUGCAGCAGCUGAGCGCGCGGGGGGAGGCGCAGCUGGAGGCGCUCAAAGAGGAGCUGGCCACCGCCCGAGGCCUGUGUGCAGCCCCCGAGCCAACGGCGCUGCCCUUCACACAGCCCAGUAAGGGGGCCGGCACUGCGGGGGGGGCGGGGCCCCUGUAUGGGGAGAAUCUGGAGAGCAGCCUGCGCAGCCAGUUGAAGAUGGCCAAGCUCUUGGACUCGCUGCGCGCUGCGGACCGGCACAGGGCGGAGGAGCGCCGCCGCGCGGACCAGCUGCGCUUCAAGAAGGCGCCCAGCCUGCCCGCCGGGGCCGACGAGGGGCUGAUCAAAGGGGACGACGCAGCGGAGCGCAAGGGGGGCCUGCUGGCUGCGCUGCGCGCAGACCCUGCCGGGGGUGCCAACGGGGAGCGGGCCGCAGCCGACACUUUUCUGAUGCUCAGCUCCGGCGGUGGUAGUACGGCCCUGAAGCGGGGCCGGCCCAGUGAAGGGCCUGACUCGGAGGCGGGUGGGCUGCUGGGUUUCGCUGCCAAAGUGAGCCGCAGCAGCCCUGGGAUGGCACGCACGGGCGGCGAGGAGGGGGCGGACGGGAAGGAGGCGGAGCGGGGCGCCGCGGUCCUGGCGCAGGCGCGGGACUUCUUGACGGAGAUGCACCGUGAGGGCCUGCCCCCGGGAGCCGGCCGCAGUGCGGACGGGGGCGGCGAGGCGGCGCUGGCGGCGGAGCGCAGCAUCAAGGACGCGGAGCUUGUGAUGCGCGCAGAGCUGGCGGUGCUGCAGAACCUGGUGCCCACCCUGGCACGUCAGUUUGGGGAGCGCAAGUUCCGGGUGCUGGUCAUUGCGGCGCUGGCGCGGCAGUGGGACGGCACGUGGCGGCUGUGCCUCACACGGCGCAAGGGCAAGGGCUUCCGCCUGCAGCUGCCCAUGUGCGGCCUGGACGCGGGCCUGGACCUGCUGCGCGAGGAGCGGCCCGACACGCUGCCGCUGGCGCGCAAGCUGGCGCGCGACUGCCUCGGCGAGACGCCCGACACCGUCCUGCUGAGCAGCCCUGCCGGGUACGACACGCCCGUGAUCUACAAGGAGGAGCAGAAGGACGGCAGCCUGACCAUGGCGCUCAUCCACCCGCUGCUGGCCUCCCCCGCGGCCGCGCCCACCGCGCACGCGGGGACGAGCUACCACCACGGGGACACGUUCGUGAGCUGGUGCCGCGCCGACGCGCUGGUGCCCGUCGUGCGCGACGUGCCGCAGAAGUUCAGCGCGACCUUCCCGCGCGUGCUCAAGUGCCUGGAGCUGCUGAUGAGCAACCCGCUAGACGGCUGGCCUCUGCCCGCGCUGCUCAAGCUGGGCGUGCAGGCGCCGGACGUGCUCGGCUAGAGCGCGGCAGGUGUGUUGUUGGCGGGGUUGCCACGCAGAGGCGGGAAGCGUUGCUGUGAGUCCGUCUCCUAGAAAAGCUUAGACGACACUGUGCGGGCAACAUCGCCAGUGUCAGAUGCCAUCCUCGCGCAGUGCCUGCGGAUGCAAUCUGCCAGUGUGGCAAGGGCAGCUCAGCAAACGCCCCUUAGUGAGAGGGUAUGCUUUCGUGUCAUGUUAUGUACGGUGUUGAGUACUGCUUAUGGAUAGAUAGGUAUAGGAAAGCGUCGUACUGUCCACCGGGAUGAGUGAUAAAAGGUAUCCCCAGUCGAUGGAUGUAACUAGGCAGGUUGUCGACCCCCAGCCACUACAAGUGGGUUUCCUUCCAGAUGCAGCCUCGGGUUUUACAUACACAUUCCAUGGCCCGAUACUUUCGACUGCUGCAAGCAAUGACAAAUGAUAUAAUGAGGGCAAUAUAUAUAAUGAGGGCAAUAUAUAUAAUGAGGGCAAUAUAAUG